AUGUCUGGGAGACGAAAAAUUCCAUCGUCUUUUGAGCGACGUCCCAUUCAAUCUCCAGGUAUGAUGCGGCAUGGUCCACUGCCUGGGUUAGGGCCUCCUGGUCACCGACCAUUUGAGGCACUACCACGUCCUGAACUUUUGGAAAAUAAAAUUGCAUAUCAAGCAGCAGAGAUAAAACAACUGACAGGAGACAAUCAUAGACUGGCAGCUACUCAUGUUGAUCUGAGGCAGGAUCUUUUAGCUGCUGAGGAGGAACUACAGAGACUCAAGGCACACAUGAGAAGCAUCCAGACUGAGAGUGACAUUCAGAUGCGGGGUUUGCUUGAUAAGAUUGCAAAAAGGGAAGCAGACAUCGAAGCUGGCGAGGGUGUGAAAAAGGAACUGCAAAAGGCUCACAUGGAGGCACAGACCUUGGUCACAGCACGACAAGAGCUGACCAUUCAAAUUCGGCAGGCCACAGAGGAGUUGCAGAAAGCUCGUCUUGAUGUUGAGAAACUACCAGGUUUGCAUGCUGAACUUGACAGUCUGAGGCGAGAACACCAUAGGCUGCGUUCAACUUUUGAAUACGAAAAGGGUUUAAACAUAGAGGAAGUGGAGCAAAUGAAAGCAAUGGAGAAGAAUCUAAUUGGGAUGGCAAGAGAAGUAGAAAGGUUGCGUGACGAGGUCUCAAAUGCAGAGAAGAGAGCCCAUGCACCAAACGCACAUGCUGGUGGUUACACAAAUCCAGAUUCUUAUUACCCAGCUAACAUGCAAGGUGCUGGUGUGUAUUUUGAUGGUUAUGGAAGGCCCUAUGUUUCAACCGGUGUUAGACCACCAGGAGAGGGAACAAUACCAUAUGCCAGCAGCAGCGGCAUAGCUGCUGGUGCAGUUGUCCCAACUGCUGGUGGUGGUGCUAUUUGGGGAGCAGCAUAUGACCCCUCACUGGACACUGCUGCUGCUGGCGCAGCUGUCUCUAAUGCUGGGCUUGGAUCUGCUCCAAGAGGCUAUGAUUCUACGCUUUCUCGGUAG